UUGACGAGAAGUCAGACAGCAGCACGGAGGUGAAGUUGGCAUUCCCAACAGUGUAUGAUGUAUCAGCCACCCAUACUGGGUAGAAGAACAAGUUCAUUGAAACCAUGGAUGAUUGCCCUUACUAUCAUAGCUGUUGUGUUGGUUCUAGCAAUAAUCAUUGGUCUCCUUGUUUACUUUUUGGCAUUUGAUCAGAAUUCUCACUAUUACCAAACCUCCUUCCAGAUCCCCAGUAUUGACUAUAAUCCUGAUUUUUCAGUAGAACACUCAAAAAUUAGGACUGACUUGAAACAAAAAAUCAGUAAUGAGAUAGAUAAGAUAUUUCAAAGAUCCAGUUUAAAUCAUCAUUACAUCAAGUCUCAUGUUGUCAACCUUAGGUCAAGUAAUGAUGGUUUGAAAACAGAUGUACUACUUCAAUUUCAGUUUGCUCCUAACAGUGCAGACACAAUAAAAAAGCAAGCUGAUAAUAUUUUGCAUCAGAAGUUGAAAUUAAAAGAAAGCUUCUUGAAGAUAGACACUUCAUUACCUUAUCUUAGAGAUAUGAAUGAAGCACAAGCAGAGCACGUUCUCAACAGCUGUUGUGGUUUAGGGAAGGAGUCCCAGUCCAUGGAAAGAAUUGCCAAUGGUUAUAUUGUAAAGGAAGCUGAUUGGCCAUGGCAAGCCAGCCUGCAGAUGGAUGGCAUCCAUUUCUGUGGAGCAUCUUUGAUCAGUGAGCAGUGGCUCUUGACAGCUGCCCACUGCUUUGACACUUACAAAAACCCCAAACUCUGGACGGCUAGUUUUGGAACAACUCUAAGCCCUUCACUGAUGAGAAGAAAUGUGCAGUCAAUUAUCGUUCAUGAAAACUAUGCUGCCCAUAAGCACGAGGAUGACAUCGCUGUGGUGAAGCUCUCCACCCCCGUCGUGUUUUCCAAUGACGUGCGCAGAGUCUGUCUCCCUGAUGCUACUUUUGAAGUCUUGCCCAAUAGUAAAGUGUUUGUGACUGGAUGGGGAGCAUUAAAAGCAAACGGUCCCUUUCCCAAUACUCUGCGCCAAGUUGAAAUAGAGAUCAUAAGUAAUGAUGUAUGUAAUCAAGUAUAUGUAUAUGGUGGUGCUGUAUCAUCAGGAAUGAUAUGUGCUGGAUUCUUGAGAGGAAAACUAGAUGCCUGUGAGGGUGAUUCUGGGGGACCUCUGGUUAUAGCACUUGAUAGAAACAUCUGGUACCUUAUUGGAAUAGUAAGCUGGGGAAUAGACUGUGGAAAAGAAAACAAGCCUGGAGUUUAUACCAAAGUGACUCAUUAUCGGGACUGGAUCAAAUCUAAAACCAACCUCUAAUGCGACAACUACCUCCACAUCCAAAAUGUAAAUGUCAUGUGUGGUCUCCAGCAAAUUGUGUGUUUAGUAUGUGUCGCCAUGUAUACUGUCAUCGAGUUCAGGAUGCAAAUAAGUGUGAUCUGACAACUCUCUCCUUAAACAUGAAGAAACCAGACUUUCUUCCACAUCACCUGAAGUAUUCUGCUGACCAUGAGCUUAAAAGAUACUGUCAACUCCACAGAGAUCCACUAUUGCUGCUAAGUGUCUGUGAUUACCUCCUUACUCACCUCUCUGUCCAUACUACACACUCCUCAUUUUAGAAUAACCUAGCAGUUUAAUCAGAUAAAUACCAACUGGCUAAGCAUUCUCUAUUUUUUCCCUGACAGAGCAUGCUGCCCUUCCCUGACUCCAAAGUUUUUAUCUUCCUCAUCAAAUGAUCCUAAGAACCUGUAGGUCCACUAUACUAGACAAAUCAAGGUAAUUAGUUUUGGCAAAUGCUAACACAAGUGAUGGAGGGGCACUAGACAUGAAGCUAGGACUUAACAGAUGGCACCACUGUGAGUCCUUUCCCCUUUGCCAUCAGAUGUGCAUUUAACCUUUCUUUGAAACUUGAAAAAAGUUGACAUUUACAUUUACACCCAAUAGUGCAGAUUUUAAACUCCUUAAACAACUACAUUAAUGUUUACUUUGGGAAAAUGAAUAAAUCCUUGAAUCAGACACCAGGAGAAUUAAAAAUAUUGCCUAGCAAAGGAUUCUAUUCUAAACUAUGUAAAAAUGCCUUUUGGUACUCAGAAAAUAUAGACAAAGUUUCUUGGCAUUUUGGUUAGUUGGAAAUGACAAGCAGCGAGGACUCAGUGAGAAGAAGCUACUUUUCAUCUCUAAAAAUCAGAAAAGUUCCAAUCCUGGUGUAAAUUUACUUUUCACUUCUGUUUUAUUAUUUCUUAAUGCAUUUUAUUUUCCAAACAGUUUUAUUUUCAAUCAACUUUCAGAACAAUUAAAGGACCUGCAGAAUGAGAAGCCAAUAUAAAUUAGAUAUUCAUAAAUAACUUAUAUGAGAAGCCAAUAUAAAAUUAGAUAGUCAUAAACACUUUGAUACAAGAUUUUGGGGAAGAUCUUAUUGUAUAACAUUUAAAUUUACUGUUAAAAAGUGGCCAGCUUUCUUUGAAGAAUGGUAUUUAUAGAGAAUAUUCAAAUAAUCAAGAAAGCACAU